CAGGAGGAGCACCAAGGACAUGUUCAACACCUCUAAUAGUACAGCAAUGCCUGACUAUACUAUAGAAGAUUACUUCAUCAAUAUAAGUAAUGACUCAUAUUCCGAAGAUUAUCCUGACAAUGAAGACUGGUGUGAAGCUGAUGACCACCAGGCGGACGUCAUCAAAACCUUCCAAGCUUGCGCUUUUACCGCCAUCUUCCUGCUUGGCGUUGCAGGAAACUCCCUGGUGAUCGCCACCUUUGCUCUCUACCGCCGCUUUCGACUUCGUUCCAUGACCGAUGUCUUCCUGUUCCACCUGGCGCUGGCUGACCUCCUCCUGCUCCUCACACUCCCAUUGCAGGCCAUUGACACUCACAAGGGUUGGAUUUUCUCCUAUCAUCUCUGCAAGAUCAUGCGUGCAACCUACGCCAUCAACACAUACAGCGGGCUGCUGCUACUGGCAUGCAUCAGUGUUGACCGCUACAUGGUAGUAGCACGAGCGCAGGAAAUGCUCAGGCUGCGCAGCCAAAUCCUAAAAGCUGGGAAGCUCACUGCUGUGGGGGUAUGGCUUGUUGCAGUGGCUCUAAGCAUCCCUGAAAUCUGCUUCUCGGGGGUUUCAAACAGCUUCUCUGGGAAUUCAAGCAACAAAACUGAAGCGUACUGUGUCAUGCAAGUAAGUGGUCAAAUAAGACUGGUUCCCAGUGGCGUGAUCAUCACCAUCUUCUGCCUGUCCCUCGCCAUUAUGGUGGCAAGCUACACUUCGAUUGCUCGAGUGCUGUGGGAAGGGCACGCACAUCGGCGAGGGAAGCAAUGGCAACGGCAGCGUACACUGAAGCUGAUGGUUGCCCUGGUGCUGGUUUUUCUGGUAUUCCAGCUGCCGUACACUGCGGUGCUGUGUCGCAAAAUGUUUGGCCCGUUCUGUGGUCUGAUGUUGGAGUACAUCACCUGCACGCUGGCGUACACCCGCUGUUGCCUCAACCCUAUCCUCUACGCCCUGGUAGGCGUGCGUUUCCGUCAGGACGUGUUGAGGCUUAUCUACGAUUCAGGCUGCCCAUAUCGCAAUCUGGUUGUGCCACAGACGGUGAACUCCACAUCAAUCUCCGCCUCCUCACCUGCUCUCACCGUGCUUUCGGCAUGCUCUCCAACAUCUCCCGAUGGUCCCGUUGCCUUCAAGUUUUCGGAAACCAAAUAAACUCUGAGUGGACGAUGAACUGCUUUGCAUAUAUUGUAUUAUAUUGUAUUUUUUAUAUUUCGUACAGCUGUUAUGAAGAACCAAAAAUUUAAAUAAACAUUAUUAGAAAUGGAACAUCUUAUAUUCAGUUGUUGGUAACUUGUUGGUAAGUCAAGCUGAAUGGGUCAACCCAUGAAAAAUCAAUACGUUUGUCCUACCUGACCCCUUUAGCUC